AUGAUACGUAAACGCAAAUUAUUGAGUAUUAGCGUCACUCUAAUCGUGGUAUUUAUAUUUUCAACGUAUUAUUUGUUAACAACGUUAACAUCCACCGAAAGUGAGGUUAGAAGCACCCAUGAAAAAAUCUAUCACCACCUUAAAAACUUGCCCCAGUUGUACAAAACGCACAAACCGUUAGAAAACGACGCAUUUGAUAAAUUCACAAGCAAUGUAAAUGUUGUCAUAAAUGAGGACGUGGCGAAAGUGUGGCAAAUUGCGAACUCAUGGGUCUCUGGUACCAAACUAGUGGACCUGGAAAGCCCAUUUUUGGGCACCGUUUUAUCGCGCUUGAAAACGGCAAAAGUGGUUAAAGCCGAUUUGGACACCAGAGGGACUCAAUUGAAGUUUCUACUGACCCUAGAAGGGGGCCAAAAUGUAGUAUUUAAGCCGAAAUGGUACGAUAAGAGCCGAGUAAUCGAGGGGCCCGUAUAUGCGGGGAAAGACAGACACAGUAGCGAAAUUGUGGCGUUUUAUUUAUCCGUUUUAUUAAACCUUCCACUAACACCAUGUAGCGUUGAGCGCACUUUAUCGUUGUCUCGGGACAUCGUCCCAGUGGCCACUAGACGUCUCCUCAACACCAGUUUCGAAAUAAAUAACCGGACGUGCAUUUUUGGCAAGUGCUUUUACUGCAAGAGGGAAGAUCCAAUUUGUGAAGACGAGAAUUUUUCCCUAACUGGGGCUGCGAUUUUCAACAUUAACGCCCCCUUGAAGAGCUAUAGAUCGCCCUGGCAACGCACCUACAAGAAGAACAAGAAAGCGGUCUGGGAGGAAGAAGACAAUUAUUGCAAAUUUGUGAAAGAGAAAAUCACGAAACGCCGAAUUUUGGAUUUGGUCGAUGCUUCAGUUUUUGAUUUUUUGAUCCAGAAUGGUGACAGACAUCAUUAUGAGACGCUCCAUGAGAGUGUUGUUUUGAUAGACAAUGGGAAAGGUUUUGGGAACCCGAACAUAUCACACCUGGACGUUCUAGCCCCCUUAUAUCAGUGCUGCAUGCUCAGAAGUGCGACUUUGAAAAAAUUGCUGAAUUUGGCCGGAGGUCAGUUGAGGAAAAAAAUCGAAACUAUGCCCGAUCUAGAGAAGUUAUUAAUCAGUGACCACCUUAGGGCUUUGGAGGAACGUCUAAUGAUCGUUUUUGCUACUAUUGAAUAUUGUAAAACCCUGAAAUUGAAUAAAGAAUGAUCCAAUUUGAA